AGAGAGGACAACACACACACACACACACACACACACACACCUCCUGCAGGAAAACCCGAGAAAAGUGUUCAACACCGAGAAUAACACUGGAGGAGGUGUUUAAAGCGGACGGACAUGGGGAGAGAAACUUACUGCGGAGAACCCUACAGGUUUGAUCCGAGGUUCAGAGGACCUGUGCGCAACAGGCGCUGUACAGACGUGCUCUGCUGUGGCUUCUUUGUCAUCACGAUCCUCUGCUACAUCGCUUUGGGAACAGUGGCAUGGAUUCAUGGGGACCCCCGGAAAGUCAUUUACCCCACUGACAGUCACGGGCAGUUCUGUGGCCACCGGGGGACCGCUAAUGAAAAUAAAGGCGUACUGUUUUACUUCAACAUUUUACAAUGUGCAAAUCCAUCAGUGCUCAUCAAUCUGCAGUGUCCUACAACACAGUUAUGUGUAUUACAGUGUCCGGACAGGUUUAUGACGUAUCUGGAUGUACAGUACAGUUACAGCUGGAACCGGGCUCAUUGGGAUUAUUACAGACAGUUCUGUAGACCCGGAUUCAACACGCCCACUAAGUCUGUUGUCCAGGUGAUUAGAGAUGAGGACUGUCCCCCGAUGCUCGUCCCCAGCCGACCCUUCCUGCAGAGGUGUUUUCCUGAUUUCAGCAUCAGAAAUGGAACUUUAACCGUCGCCAACAAAACCGUCUUUACAGACGGCCGGGGUGAAAGCAGGAGUGUGUCUGAGCUGAGAGACGCCGCCAGAGGUAUUUCCAGUCUGCUGGAUGCUAAAGACUUCACAGUAAAGAUCUUUGAGGACCUCAGCAGGACCUGGAUCUGGAUUCUCACAGGGCUGGUCAUUACCAUGGUGAUCAGUCUGCUGUUUAUUCUUCUUCUGAGACUGAUGGCUGGAGUUUUACUGUGGAGUGUGAUCUGUGGUGUGAUCAGUGCAGUGGGAUACGGGAUCUGGCACUGCUGCUGGGAGUACGUGACUCUGAGAGGGAACCCCGAUGCCGACGUGUCCAUCACUGAUCUUGGCUUUCAGACAGAUUUCAGGCUUUAUCUGCAGCUGAGCCAGACCUGGCUGAUAUUCACAAUCGUGCUGGCAGUGACAGAGUCUGUAAUUGUUUUGGUGUUGAUCUUUUUGAGGAGGAGAGUGUGUAUCGCCAUCGCUCUGCUCAAAGAGGGGAGCAGGGCGAUCGGCUGCGUGACGUCGACGCUGUUUUAUCCCAUUAUCACCUUCAUCCUGCUCGCGGUGUGUAUUACCUACUGGGCCAUGACAGCUGUGUUCUUGGCUUCAUCUGGUGAUGCUGUGUAUAAAGUGAUGUCGACACAAACAGGCUGUAAAUACAGCAAUAUGACCUGUGACCCUCAGACUUUCAGUCAGGGCAAUGUGAGCAGUGUGUGUGCGGGUUCUCAGUGUGUGUUUGCGUUUUACGGCGGUGAGAGUGUGUAUCAUCGCCACCUGGUGGUGCUGCAGGUGUGUAACGCGGCGGUGCUGCUGUGGCUGAUGAACUUCACGCUGGCGCUCGGCCGGUGCACACUCUCCGGCGCCUUCGCUGUGUACUACUGGACCCUGAGGAAACCUGCCGACGUCCCAGCAUGCCCUGUGUCUGCCUCCUUCAGCCGCGCGCUCAGGUUCCACACUGGGUCUCUGGCGUUUGGAGCGUUACUCCUGACCGCGGUUCAGUUCAUCCGUGUGGCUCUGGAGUACCUGGACCACAAACUGAAAGAUGUUCAUAGCCCACUGGGACGAUUUCUGGUCUGUUGCCUGAAAUGCUGCUUCUGGUGUCUUGAGCGCUUCAUCAGAUUCAUGAACAGAAACGCCUACACCAUGAUUGCGAUAUAUGGGCGGAGUUUCUGUGCCUCUGCGAGAGACGCCUUUUUCCUGCUGAUGAGGAACGUGGUGAGGGUGGCUGUGUUGGAUAAGGUCACUGACUUCCUGCUGUUUCUGGGGAAGAUCCUGAUCUCAGGCGGUGUUGGUGUCCUCGCGUUCUUCUUCUUCACCCGUCAGAUUCCAGGGUUUCAGGAAAGCGUGCCGUCACUGAACUAUUACUGGGUUCCCCUGCUGGGGGUGGUGUUUGGAUCGUACGUCGUAGCUCACGGCUUCUUUAGUGUGUAUGCGGUGUGUGUGGAUACGAUGUUCCUCUGCUUCUUGGUGGAUCUGGAGAAGAACGAUGGCUCUGCGGCUCGGCCGUACUACAUGAGCAGCUCCCUGAGGUCCAUCCUGAACAAGAAAAACCGCAGGAGAACCCAGGAGAAGGAAAGAGGAGGGGCUCUGAGGGGGAUGUGAAGGAAUACAUAGAUACAAAUUUUUAAAUCUCAAAGUUUGUUUAAAACCUGUUUUAAAAGUUUUGAGAUUAGACCAUGAGCUGAACGGGACAGACAUAGUUUUAGACGCUCCGUCUGUCGGGAAAAAAAACAAAACAAUUCCAAUAUACAGGUUUAAAGAGAUUAAAUGCUUUUAUUAGGGAUUACUUUACAGUAUUCUGAUAAAUCGAGUUUUCACACUGAUGACAUUGUGACUGAAAUGAGUGUAGAAAUGAUGAACAGCACACAUGCACACUUAUUACACAUGGGUGUUCUGGUGUAUUUAUAUUGCAGCCAGCAUCAACCUUCAUUGUCUUUUCUGUGGGAUCGAACCUGCCGGCAGAGGAUGUAAAAUGAUAUAAGUAUGGUCAAUGAAAAGCUAAAUCAUCAGCCCAUAGAGGUUGUACAGUACGUCCCCUACAUACGGACAUUCGAGUUACAAACUUUGAAGUUGCUGACUUUAGAUCACAUCAGGCAUACAUUGUCACAAAUAACACUGUACUGUAAUUUACUGUGUAUAGACAAUUGUGUUAGUAUCUAGAUAGAUAUUUGUUGGACUUAAAACGAGGACUGAACUCUUGGAACAAACCUCGUCCGUAUGUAGAGGACUUACUGUAUUUAAACUCACACUGAUAAUCAUUUCAAUCUGCAUGAAUGUCAUUGAUUAUAUUGUGAUUUAGAAGUGUGUGUGUGUGGCCCUCACAUGUCUGUACACACACCAAGGAGUCAAUGGGUGGUGUCAUGGGGGAAUUCCACUUAGACCUGGAUCAGGGCAUCAGUCUGUGGUGGCACCCAGGGGUGUCGGAUACUCAGGUGAUUUUAGUUCUGGGGAACAUGGGGGCCAAUCCGUGGCAUUAAUGUCCUUGUCUCCACACUCGGGUACAUGCAAAUACAUAAAAUUGAUUCACAAUCACUAGUGCUUCCUGAAGGCACAGACUGAUGUUCCUGAUGUUUAACUGACUCGGUGUUACACUAUAAUGAUUAAAUGUCCUCUUCAAUUUAAA